CCAGGGGGACUGUCGCACCCUUGGCGAGUUGCGAGCUCCUUUGAUGCCAUGCCAGAUCGUACCUCCUACGGCCUGUCUCGAGCGCGUCGAUCGAGUUGAGUGCAAGCGUCAAGGUUCGCGAUCGUACAUACACCCACUGCAGCCUUACGGACGUCAGCGUGGGCCAUAGCAGCACAAGGGAGACGACUGGCUUGAAAAUGCGCCGCCAAAAUCGUUGAAGACGACCCACUGCGCAGCAGGUCAGAGGCGAUCAGUCGAGGAUCCGAGUCUAGCGAUGCUCCACUGACGGGACAAGGAUCCCUCGUAUGAUCAUGAUGCGCCAUUCUGGCUCUCGACGCUCAGCUCAGCUCUGUCGCUUCCUAGAUCCUGCUGCUUUCCAAAUUUCGCCGCGUCUUUUCGCUUUUUGGCGCUUAGCGCUGGCGCUCAGCGGCACCGUACGCACCGUCGGCCGUCGCGCGACGCCUGCCGUUGGGCCUUUGCUUGAAUGUCACGAGUGGAUGGAGCUGAACCAGAGGAGGAGGAUAAUAGCCUCGACUGUUCAGUCGCCAGAGACUGUCGCGCUCUAGGAGACGCUGACGAAGGUGAACGCUCAGAUGUUAGCAGUGACGACACUGCCGGCGAGCUCGACCAGGCACAUGCGCCUGCGAGGAUUGAUGGCGACAGAGGAUUCAUCACUACAGCCACGGGCCCAGAAGCUUAUUUCCAUGCCCAGGCUCGCAAGCUCAAGACGUCCGACAGGCGGGCUCAGGAUUACAUCGAGACCUUUACGCUCGAGGAGUACACCUCCGCCCUCUCGAGGGCAAACGGACUAUUGGGAUCCUAUGCCGCUCAGGCGGCUCAGAGCAGGACAGUCCAGCUGACAUAUGACGUCUGUCAUCCCGCUUGGCUUCUCGAACUUCACCAAGGCUUCGACUUGCUCUUUCGCGGGUUGGGCUCCAAGCGAAAGUUGUUGAACCGAUUCGCGAGCAAGGUGCUAGCCAAGCACGGCCAGGUCAUCAUCUGUAAUGCCUUUAUGUCUACGUACAGCAUCACCGACACGCUGGCGUCGCUUGAAAGCGCGGCUACGUCGGAAUCGCGCCUGGAUGGUGCAGCAGCAAUACAGCCGCCGAGCGAUGCCGGCGAUAAACAUGAAGAGCGCGCACAUUCGAUCUGUUAUGCCCUCCGACGCCGUGCUGCUGGUGAUAACAUCUUCCUCGUUAUACAUUCAGUCGAUGCCCUGCAAUGCCAGAGCGCCAGAGCUCAGUCUGUACUGGCCAUCCUGGCAGCCAGUCCACGCAUCGCCCUCGUCGCGUCUGUCGAGCAUCUUCGCGCGACUUUGCUAUUUCCCGCCAGUUUGGAGCGCCCCAGAGAGGAUAUUCAGGGCGCGAGAGGUUUCUGCUGGUCUCAUCACCACACGCCAACCUAUUCGCCUUAUCUUGCCGAAGUUGCGAGCUCAUUAGAGCCUGCAAAGAUCUUCCCGAGCAGCAUCUACCCAUCUGCAGCAGCGGGAGCGGCCUCUCAGGGUGGGCCGAGAGGCAGGAUACGUGGGGCCGCACACAUUUUGGCAAGCGUCACCGAGAAAGCAAAGCGCGCGUUCGCUAUGCUAGGACAGCUCCAACUUCGCCGCGGCGAAGCAAUGCAGCCGCACGCGAGAAGCAAGCUGACGUCCAUCAUGGUCACAUCCGACCAGACGAUCACGCCAGGUAGCGCAAUCAGGCUCUCGCUUCUCUACUCUCGUACUCAGGAUGAGCUCAUCGUCAGCAAUCAGAACCAUUUAGAGGGACUGAUGCACGAAUUCCGAGAUCACGACCUCGUCAAGACGAGCUCGAAUGCGCCCGAAGACGAUAUGGACAUCGAGACGGACGAUACAGACGAGACACGGCAGCAGUGGAUCUGGAUCUGUCUCGGCCAUGAUGAGCUCUUCAAAGUUCUCGAAGAUCAUACUUGAUCGUCGGUGAACGAUACACGGCAAUACACUUGGGCAAGUACAACAGUGUCUGGUCCAUCGUCAUACCACGGCUGCUGCCUGGGCGCUCGCCUCGUUGACGCCUUCCAUCAGACUAUACGACUUGCUUAGGAUGCACUCGCCGCCGCUCUCGAGAUCGAUGCUGUAUGUGUAGAAGACGCCUUCGCUGGUCACGACGUUGACCAGAGGUAAUGUACUGCAGGCAGAUUUCUCAGCAUGCCCGCAGCAAAGCCAUGCUGAAGCCAACCUGCUGAGAGCGACGACGCUCUUAACACCCGCCAGAGGCAGCUUCAGAUAUGCAAAGUCUCUCUGAGG